UUAAAAUCGCUAAUAGGAGCCCUCUCUUAAAAGCUAUAAAAAAAAAUUCGGAGACAACAGACACUUGGCUCUUCCACCAUUACCUAAAUUCUCGAAGAAGAAAGGACCCAUAAACAGCAGACAAAGCAGCCACCAAAAUCAAAGAGAAAUAUAUGUAUAUAUAUUAACGAUAUUAACGAAAUGGGGACUAAUAUCAACUUCAAGAACUUCCCCAACGACCAUUCGUCGGACGCUGGUGGUGGAGGGGGCAGCGGUAGCCGCCCGCCGGGGAACUUUUCAUUGGCCAGACAGCCAUCCAUCUACUCGUUGACCUUCGAUGAAUUUCAGAGCACCGUGGGGGGUAUAGGAAAGGACUUUGGGUCUAUGAACAUGGAUGAGCUGCUCAAAAAUAUAUGGAGUGCAGAGGAUACACAGAACAUGGUAGCCUCCUCUACUGUUGCCCAAGAGGGUCUGCAGCGCCAAGGCUCUUUGACCCUGCCGCGUACCAUUAGUCAAAAGACAGUGGAUGAGGUGUGGAAAGACAUAUCGAAGGAAUAUGGGAAUGGGGCUGUUACUGGAGCAGUUAAUUUGCCCCAGAGGCAGCAAACUUUAGGGGAGAUGACUUUAGAGGAGUUUUUGGUGAGAGCUGGGGUGGUGAGAGAAGAUGCUCAAUUAGCUGCAAAGCUUAAUGCUAAUGGUAGUUUUUUUGGUGAUUUAUCCAGGUCAGGGAAUAAUUCUGCUUUAGGAAUUGGGUUUCAGCAGAAUAGAGGCUUGGGAUUGAACAAUAAUAAUACUAAUCAGAUUUCUAUGCAUUCCUCGAAUCUGCCUUUCAAUGUUAAUGGGGUCAGAUCAUACCAGGCACAGGUACAGCAUCAGCAGCAACAACAAAUAUUUCCGAAGCAGCCUAAUUUGGGAUAUGUGACACAGAUGCCUUUGCAAACUAGUCCAGGAAUUAAGGGGGGAAUCAUGGGGAUUGGGGAUCAGGGGAUUAGCGGUGGUUUGAUGCAGGGUGGAGCUUUGGGAAUGGUUGGAUUAGGAGGUGUUGCAACGGGAUCACCUGCAAACCAGCUGUCGUCAGAUGGGAUUACAAAGAGUAAUGGGGACACAUCUUCAGUGUCGCCAGUUCCUUAUGUCUUUAAUGGAGGUUUAAGGGGAAGGAGAGCCACUGGUGCUGUGGAGAAGGUGGUUGAGAGGAGGCAGAGAAGAAUGAUUAAGAACAGAGAGUCAGCUGCAAGGUCACGGGCUCGCAAGCAGGCUUAUACCAUGGAGUUGGAAGCAGAAGUUGAAAAGAUAAAAGAGGAGAACCGAAAAUUGCAAAAGAAACAGGCGGAAGUCAUGGAAAUGCAGAAAAAUCAGGUCAUGGAGAUGAUGAAUCAGCAGCAGGGAGUUAAGAAACGGUGCUUGAGGAGGACUCAGACUGGUCCGUGGUAAGGUGCAAGAACAGCAUUGUGAUUUAGGUUGAAAAUUACAUAUGGUAUGUGGCUGUACAUAUUUGGGAAACGUCUCUAUUUGUGUAGAUUAAGAAGGUGAGAAUUUUACAGAUGAGGAGAUGAGAGUUUUACUGUUGUAGAUCAAAGAUUCCAGUAUCUGUUGUCUAGUUGCUUCUCUUCUGAACUUCUUUGUUUAGGUAUAACAUAGUGGAAGGGAAGUAAAUGCAUUUUCUGUUAGUUGUAAUUUCAUAUGUGUUUUGAAGCAUGCAUGUCCAAAUCCCUACCAUUUUUAGUAAAAAAAGGGUUUUCUAUAGAA